AUGGAUCGAAUCUAUGGGACGACACUCGACAUCGUGUGGCCUGACCUUGGUUGGAUAACAAGCCUUCGACUCGCCUUUCAGCUUCGCAGCGCCAUCAACCGCUUAAGAGCACAACCCAGUGCAGUAGAUGAUUUCUUGGAUUUCUGGGCGAAUUUAGUCUCAGCACGCCUGGAGUUCAAAAAGACACCAACAGAGCAUUCGAUCCGCACAAAGCCGAUUCUCCCAUAUACUCGCUCAUUUGUCUUUACGCACCAUGACCUAGCACCUCGCAACAUCAUACUCGACAAUAACAAUCAGCUCUGGCUUCUCGAUUGGGAUUUGGCGGGAUAUUAUCCCAGGUUCUUUGAACACGACGGCAUGUACAAUUUUAUUCCUACGGCGGCGUGGACCAAGUUUGAGAUGUGGCGUUGGAAGAUAUUUGCCUGUAUCGCUAGUGGAUUUUACGGCAAGGAAGGUCGGUGGUUGGAUAUCAUAAGAUCCAGGUUCACGCUCUACCGCACAGCGUGUCGCUUCAACAUGAAAGCGAACGGCUAUGCUGCGGUUGCCGGUAGGAUUGACAGAGACUAG